ACGUUAAACAGUCAAAUCAUUUCAGUAGUAUGGGCGCCUUGGCGCAAGUCUGGCAUGGCAGCGUGGCGCUGCUCGCGUGGACCUUCAAGCUUAUCCGGACGCCGCAUACCAGCAGCCUGCCUAGCGCCGUGUCUAGCUCAUCCGCGCGCAGCAACGUCUGGAGUUUCCUCACGGCUGGCCCGCGACGUGCACGACGUCAAUCGCACGCUGCGCUUGAGUUGCUCGAAAAAUUCCGUCAUGGCCCGGAGACACACAGCGAGUGGAACCUGUUCUUGUGGCGCGCAACAUUUCCGCUUGUAUCACUAGUACUGCUUACGCUGCUCUGCGUCGCGGGUCAGUUCGGCCACACCGCGUACUCACUCCUCGUGAACCCAGUCUGGUACUUCUGCAACUUAGCCCUCGUGACCACGCCGUUUCUAUUGGUAUUCCGGUUCUCGGGCCUCGAAGCAGUAGAUGGAGAGCCACAGACCAAAAUAUGGUACGGCCUGGCCGCUAUCAGCUUCGCCAUCAGCCUCGUAGAGUGGUAUAUGAGUCUUCCUGCUAGCAGAUACUCGUGGAUCGUGGGCAAUACUUUGUUCGGCAUGGUGGCGCUGGGUGCAGUCCCGUUAUUCUUCAGUAUGCAGCCCAGAACAGCCCGAUCUCAGUAUGAUGACCUAGUAUUGGAGCAGGAGCAGGACAGGAUGCGAGGUGUCCCCGAAGAGGACGAGGAUGUGGACAUUGAUGGAGACAUUAGAAGGUUGGCGAGACAGAGAUCAUCAGACAGACUGAGAGAACUGGAGAUGCAACGACAGGGACAACCGAAGAUGACUAGGCUAUUGUAUGGCUGCGGUUUUUGCGCGCUGGUGCUGUGGCUCAUCAUGUUCUCGUCAUACAGUUCAGCACGAGGAAGCGAACCUGCGACACAGUCGUGGUUCUUACUGUACUCACUGUCACCAGUGCUGUGCAUUGCGUUGUUUUGCGCCCGGGUUGCAAGAGUGCGCUUCAGCUUUGAGCACGCAGUGGCGUACAGUACACUGGUGGUGCACGUCCCGUUGUUUCUGGGGCACUUGUGUGUGAGGCUGUUCGCUCUCGCGGAGGAUCCAGCUGCAUCGUCGCCGACAAGCAGCGAGUCGUGGCUCAAGCUGGCGAUUUCCGUGCUGUAUUUGCUGCUGAUGCAAGGCUAUUUCUUCGUCAUCACGCACACGGUGAACAGCAUGUCGGAGCCGUUUGCGCAUCCGUCGCUGCUGUAUAUUGGUCAGCUGUACUACUACACGUUCUGGUACUGCCUUGUGGGCUCCGACACGCCCAUUGACGCGCUGUACUGGGGUAUGUUGCUGCUCAACAACAUCCACAUCGCCUUUCUUAACACGGGUGUGUACACGGACUUCAAGCGCACAUCUUCAGCCUGGCUAGCGAUACCGUUGCACUCCAAUAUCACCUCGUCGGUGGCCUUUUGUCUGCGUACUACGACCUCGGUUAUGGAUGUUUCCAGGUGUCUGCCACACAGACGAUCAUGGGGAAGAAGAGGGCUGUUGGGGCUUAACUGUGGUGUAGUUGGCGCUGCAGCGAUGGAUACAGAAUCCGAUCUACUGGAAGGUGGUGACGAUGAUUACGAGUACGACAAUGGUUACGGAUCGGAUGGCUUCGUCGUGACCAGGAAUAUUGACGACAAGGAGCCUGUCAUUGGUGAGUUGCCAUCCUGGCAAGAAACUGGAAGCCGGAAUCGUGAACGAGACCGGGGUGUCAGUGAAAAUCGGAGAGAUACUCAAUCAUUGCCCGACUUUUCUUCUCCAGCUCGCAAGUCUGGCACAAAGAAGACUUCGUCUCUUCGUGACAAGUGCUCUCGCGCGCAGAUGAACUGUAGAAAAUGUGGUGACGGCACAAAAUCCUCUCGAUCCGGUAACGAGAAUGUGGCUUUUGCGACGUCAGCUACAAAUUCUGAGUCAAGAACAGCUACUAGUGACGCUCUGAGACCGCUUUACUUCCUCAUGAAGGUUGCAGAGCAAGACAACAUGGCCGACACGACUGCACUUAUACUGGUGCCUUCACUUCUGACUCUACUAGCAGUGUUUGAGAAGCCAGGGAGUGCUCUUGCCGUACUACAAGACCAGACGAAUCUGUGGCUACGGUGUGUCUGCAUGUUCAUUGGACGCCUUGGUGGCUCCUUCCUUGCUCGAGAAAUCUUCACGUGCAAGCUGCGGUCACGGUUACGCUCGUCGCCCGAGGACCUUGGUGACCAACCUGACCCCAUUAGCGGUUCAAUUGACGGCAUGUCGGCACGGCUUUGGAUACAACAGCUGAUGCUACAAGAUUUCCACGCGCAGUUCUGGUAUCUCACAGCUGUGACCGUUGUGGUAAUUUUCGGUUGCUUCGCUCGGAUCGACCUACCACUACGCUUUGCACUGCUUUGAAUAUGCAGUUUUAACUUCAAAUAUCUACACGAAAUGCGAGUAAGUGGCCAUAGAUUUUUGUGCUGAACUAACAUGCAAGUUGUUGCAGCCUAUUGUGGAGGUGGAGUGUUGGGCGGUGUGCGAGGAAGUGAAAACUCAGGAUCCGGUGCUGCCAAGGCGAUGUUGGCGCGCUCUAUAGCCUCGGCAAGCAGUUUCUCCUUCCGAACCCAGCGACGGCGACGUACGCUGCGUCCAACGAGUCGGUUGAGCUUCUUCUUGAUGCGUCGUCGCUCCUGUAGAUCUGGAUCAAGUCCACUCGCAUGGGCCUGGAGCUCUGGUGGUACGCCCUCAACUGUUUCCUGUUGUAGCUUCUCCUGAGCGCGCAAGAAGUCUUUGAACCUGGUGGCGUAUUGCCACUGAUCAGUGCCGCCGAAGCCUGGAUCGACUACCCAGUGUUCGAGAUCGAACGUUCCAGCACCGUCCGUCAUGAGAGCAUUGGUGAACUUGGGCGGAUCAGUAAUGAGAAGGUGGCCUGGUCGCAGUGAUCCCCAGCCAGUGAACACUUGGUAGCGCUGGAUCUCGUACACAGCCUGCUCCUCGAUGGGUAGCGCCAAGAUCUUCUCUUCGAAUGACUUUGGCUCAUCAGUAGCUUCACGACGCGUCGGACUGUCGGGAUUAUGGCGGGUAAUGGGGCUCCCACCGGGCGACAGUACUCUACCGAUAGCAUUUGCGACCUGACUAACGGGUAGAACCAUCUCGCGUAAGGGAUUCAGGAAUCGAUCUUCCAGAACUUGAGUCGAGAAGGCAAAGCCCGUGUACACCUUCUGAUCCGCUUGAGAUGGCCGUUGGUUGGGCAAAGCCUGUUGUUCAGGCAGGUCGAAACGUGGCUUCUCCUCGGUCAGAUCAGCCUGGAAGCGCUCGUACCGCAGCUCAGGUGGCGUCCAUCGAGCCUUCUCCGGAUUCUGGCUUCCGCGUUUGUGGAAUUCCUGGAGAAUGUGGUAGUAUUCGGGGUUCAUCUCGCGCUUGUAAGCCUUCCAGAGGAAAUCGCGACCGAGACACAGUAGCAGAGACAAGAAGAUUGCCAGGUAGAACUCGGGCAGAGCGAAAAUAUGCGGGAACGCAGUGUCGGCGACGGAUGUGGGGAAGGACGCGGCGAUGACGUAGCCCGAAAUGUACCAGAAGAUGAUCGACGCAAUGAACGCGAACGCCGUGAUCGCGUUCCAUGUGACCAUAUUUAACGCCAGUUUGACCCAGCCGACGCUGAUCAGACAGCAGUAAGAAAUGGCGCCACACAAGUCACGAGAGAAGCCAUUGCCGGUCGAAUCCACGGGACCACCGAUGAUAAGUGCGGGCACCAGACCGCAGACUACACACUCAUAGAGCGCUUCAGCUACCCACUGUGCGAAGAUACGAAGACUGAAGAGUUCACCCUGCGCUCCGACGUGGUAAAGACCUGGAAAUUGCUCUGCUAUACGUGCUGGGACUUCUUGCUCGGUGAUCGCCACGAUACCGAUCGGCAUCGAGGACCAGAAGACGUUGUAGCCGUUGAUCCACAUGUUGUUGUAGUACAGCGUACCAGAAGACCCACACUGAGGCAAUGCAGCUAGCACGAACUCGGUUCCGAACAGCAAGAUGUUCUUGUAGACUACAUAGAGUGCAAGCUUGGCCAUGCGACGAUAGUUCCAGUGUCCGUGGACUAGAAGAAGACGCUUAAGGAACCGGAACUGCGCGAUAGCGAAGUCACUCGCGUUCACCGCCUGCAUGCCCUCGUGACCGGAGAUUCCAACCCCGAUAUGCGCUUCUUGGAUCAUAGCGACGUCGUUGGCGCCGUCGCCGAUAGCGAGUGAGCGACAGCCAUGCAAGUUCGUCUUGAAGAGCCGAACCACUUGAGCUUUUUGCUUGGGCGAAACACGACAACAAAUGACGGACACGCACUGCUGGGACACCUCAAGAAACAGCUCGGACAGCACGUCGUUGCUGAACACCAUGGUCAGACAGCGACCGUCGAUCACGAUGGCUUGUUGCUGUGUGUCGUCUUUGACUCCGCUUGCCUGCAGCUCUGCACGCUUGCGAGCCUCAACACAGCGAGCCAGCAGCAUGUCGUACAGGUCUGAAGCAGAGGGCGUCGUCUCCGCGUUGAUCAUGAUCCGUUCCAUGUCGUUGUUCAGCAGCUGACAGGCAAAGCCGAUGUUCACCGCCGUCUCCUCCUUAUCGCCCGUGAGUACCCAGAUCUUGAUACCAGCUCGAGAUAAAUCUCCCAGUGUCGACGUCACCUGGUCCUGCAGUCGAUCCUCGAUGGCUGUAGCGCCCAUGAGCUGCAAACCUUGUUCAAGUUGCUCCUCAAGCUCUUCGAUGCGGUUCGGUUCACCACGUUUCUGCAUCGCCAUUUGCUCCAGAUCACCCAAGGCUGCAUCGUACUCGCAGGACCACUCGGCAUACGCGUCUGGGUGGAGCUCCUUCUGUGCGAUUACAAGAGUUCGCAGGCCUUCGGUGGCAUACCGUUCCAAGUGCGCGAGUGUAAUGUCCACCAUCGUCGAGUCUGACGACGGUGCCAGCCGAGGGAAGAUAACCGAGUCAGCACCUUUAGUCAGCAGCAUAAUUCGCUUGUCAGGAGUGCGCACAACGACCGACAUACGUUUGCGAGUGCUGGUGAAGUCGACCAUCUCCAAGACUUCAUAGACGACCUCCUCACGUUUGCCAGGGACGGAAAUCGCCACUUCUCCGUUUCGACGGGCCAGGAACGAGUAGCCAAAGUAGUUGGCACCCGAUACAAGCGCAAGUUCGUCCGGAGACGAAGCGGAGAAGCCUGUACCUGUAUCAUUCUCGGACAAUGUUUCUCGUACAACGGAGUGGCAGACAGCCAAAUGCACGAAAAAGUCGUGGAUGCGAGCAGCUUGUUCCGGAUGCAAACGCGCGUCACUAUCACGCUCCAAAUCUCCAGCUGGGUCCAGGAAAUUGACGUUAUCUGUCUUGACUAGUAUCGGCGUGUUGUCUGCGAGUACAUCGCUAGCAGAGAGAUCCUUGCCAAGUCGUCGAGUGGCCUCGCGACCAAUUUCAGUGGUGCCACGACCAUAAGACACGCCGUGGAUGCUCAUCUUCCGGAAAUCCAUCUCGUUGGCUGUUAGCGUUCCCGUCUUGUCGCUGAAGAUGUGAGUGACCUGCCCCAAUUCGUCAUUGAGAUCGGAGUUACGUACAAGUGCUGGGGUGUCGGUCACUUCAUCGUACAUGCCAAGGUCGCGAUUGAGGAAGAAAGUUUGAUAUGUUUUGACGAUGGCGAUGGUCACGUACAACGUAAUGGGGACGAAGGACGCGAUGAGGAUCCAGAAGUAGCCCAGAUAGAUCAAGAUACCUACGACAUCAUUACGGAAAGGGGCGACGCCGCUGAGGUUCUCGAGAUGCAAGUACGUGGCACCUUCUCGGUUUUCUGCGACCCAAAACGCACACAACACUGCACCCAAGAUGCACAAGGAAGCGAGAAUUGCCAUAAGCAACGCGUUGCCGCGGUUCACGAUGGCGAGGAUCUUGCUGAUCUUUGUUGGAGGAGUAUGUGACCCAGCCUGCAUGAUCUUAGUGUCGGCUCCCGUAUUCAACACGAGGCCGUAGAUGAACGGCGUGUUGCGGAUGACACACCCACGCAACGCCACAUUCUUCAAGUCGAUCGGAAUCGCGUGGCCGCUUUGCGGUUCAAAACGUCCCGAGAAGUUGUUGACGUCGUGGUUUGGUUGCUCGCAGAUGACACGACCAGGAAGCUGAGCGAGUGCACGGGGGUCGCUGAGCUGCGAAAACGUACAGCUUAGCGCUUGACGCACCUUGAGAUUCGUCUCGCCGUCAAGCGACUUCGUCUCCACAAAGCAAAUUCCGGUCGGCGCAUUCGGGUCCGGCUCGGAUACGGCUAAUAACAGCAAAUCUGCUGGAAUGGCUUCGUAGUUUUCCACUUUGAUAAUGUCCCCCACUGCAACAUUUCGCCACGUAUCGUCGCGGAAACAGCCCGGUUCAUCGAGAUCGAAAAUGUGCGAGACGCGAGCGUUCAUCUUGGCAUCUGCAAUGUGCCGUCCGCGAUCUUCAAUAGCGGCGAAAACAGCGUCAAUCGACAGCACAAGCAUGAGCACAAUCCACUGGUACGGAAUCGUCUGCGUGGACGAAAUCUCGGGAAUAAUCUGGCCGGCACCAACUAGCAAAAAGUAAAAGUUUGCCACUUGCGAGAGUCGACCGUAGAAAAACCGAGGAAUGAAGUUGAACUUCGUGUACUUGGCCGUAACCACCUUGUUGUUACAGAACUUCUGUGCUGCGUUCUGGGCGGGGUUGUUCACGUAGAUGCAGCGAGCGCUGGUUUCCGGCAGCCCAAGAGCUCCACUGUUGUCUCCUACAGCGCCGUCACUAACGGCCGAUAAGAUGGACAUGGUCGACGAACCCAGACCUGCCGCUGCCUCUGCGAGCAUCUUGGGAGCCCAUCCGGUCGACGCAGCGACAGGAGACUCGCCUACAUGAACUGUCCUGUACGUCGACUCUGCAUCCACCGACACGUCGGUCACACGUGCUGCUCCCGUGCCGAUCACGGACUCCAGCACUGUCAUAUUUAAUCCCAGAAGCUUCGAGUGCUCCUGGAAUCGCUUUGGUGGGCGGUUGGGCUCUUGGAGAAUGGACCGGUCACGAGAAACCAUACCAUUCUCGAAAUACACACAAGAAAUAACGACCGGGUUGUUGCAACUUGUGCCUAAAUAACGUGCAAAGGUGAACAUUGCUGCCUGCUAACGGAAGAGCCCAUGACAUUGAAAGGUGCUUUUAAACUGAUGAUACAACCAUUACCAGUAGUCUAGAGCUUGGUCUGGAUCUUGGCCUGCAUGGCCUCGCCGUCCUCCUUGCUGAUCAUGCUCGGGCCGUCCGGCAGCUUAAUGAGGCCGUCACCAUCAAAACGUGGGAUCACGUGGAUGUGCGCGUGGAAAACGGCUUGACCGGACGCCGCGCCGUUGUUCUGGAUGAUAUUAACACCGUCAGCGCCCGUGGCCUCCAGCACGGCAUUGGCCAGACGCGGCAGCUCCUUGAACACAUUGGCCGCCACCUCGGGGGUCAUGUCCAUGACCGUGGCGAAGCCUGGCGCCUUGGGGAGCAAUAGAGCAUGGCCUGGGGCUGUCGGGAAGGCAUCAAGAAUGGCCAACACGUGCUCCGUCUCGAACAACUUGUAGCACGGAAUGUCGCCCUUGAUGAUCUUGGCGAAGAUAUUCUCCGGGUCGUACGCAAUGGGAGCCAUGAUGAUUUUGAAUCGAAAAUUUUGAUAUGUGAGGUUGCGAGUCACAAAGACUAAUUUUGAUUCGACCAAUCGGCGCCGAGAACCUCUCAG